AGGGAGCAUACUGGAGCAAGGUUGGUGUAGCAUGAAGGUUGGUGUCCUGUGCUAUAUAAGCCUUACGCUCCCCUCAGACACUAGACCUUAGCUGAACUUUCAUCCAGCAGACGAGGGCAAAGUGAUUACUGCGAGGCUCACAUGACAGGGACUUGCACAAGAUGGAAAUAACGGACUGGAUUGUGCCUAUUGGGAUGGUUCUAGUGAUCAUUGUGCUUGUGUACAUGUAUGGCACGUGGACAUUUUCUCACUUUUCUAACCGUGACAUCCCUGGACCUAAGCCUGUUCCCUUUUUCGGAAACACUCUGGAGAUAUGGAGGAAGGGAAUAUUCGAAGUUGCACGAGACUGGCAGAGGCAGUACGGGAAGAUCUUUGGUGUCUAUUUUAUGAGGAGUCCAGUCAUACUCACAACUGACCUAGACAUUGUGAAGGAAGUGUUCCUGAAAGACUUCACCAACUUUACAAACAGGGGGGAGGUUUCCAAGAGAGCAAAACCGUACCCAAUGAACUUCAGUCUGGCAUUUGCAGAAGAUGACACAUGGCGACGGUUGCGCCACACUAUGACCCCGACAUUCAGCACUGGCAAGUUGAGACUGAUGGAUCCAUAUAUCAGCCGGUGUUGUGAGGGCCUGUCUCACUUUCUGCAGAGGCUGACUGAGAAAGGAGAGCUUGUCGAUGUCAAAAGGGUAUUUGGAGCCUACACUAUAGAUGUCAUUGCCGGAACAGCCUUUGGCCUGGAAACGGACUUUCUGAAGAAUGAGAAUGAUGCUUUCUUGCAUGCGGCUAUGAACAUGAUAAGAAAAUCGUCUACUUUUGGAUUUCUUGAAGGCAUUUCAAUGAUUUUUCCGUUCCUUCGGCCAGUCUUUUCAUUUUUCUGGAGGACCAGCUUUUCAGCAGGAAAGGACCUUGCUCAGAUAAUUGAAAAUCUUCUACAGGACAGAAGGAAGAACGGCGCAAACGUGAAAGUAGACUUCCUGCAGCUGAUGCUGGAUGCAGAAGCAUCAGAAGCUGAGGUAGCCGCAAGGCCUCAAGACAAACAUAUGACAAAGGUUGAAAUCAUCGCUCAGGGUAUCACUAUUUUACUUGGUGGCUACGACACGACGGCGACGACCUUACAGUACAUGGUCUACUUACUGGCCCUCAAUCCCGACACGCAGGAAAAACUAUACAACGAGAUCAUCGCAGCUAUUGGUGACGCUCCACCUACCUAUGAGAAUGUGAUGGACAUCAAGUAUCUGGACAAUACUCUUCGGGAGACGUUGCGGUGUUUCCCCCCUGCUGUCAUGGUUGCUCGUCAGGCAGCGGAGACGAGAACUAUCAAGGGUGUUGUUAUUCCAGCUGGAAGAGGGAUUGCUGUUAAUAUCUAUGGCGUUAUGCAAGACGAGGAUAUCUUUCCUGAACAUCACAAGUUCAUCCCAGAGAGGUUCGACGAUGAGAACAUCUCGACUCUGUUACGAGAGUUGGCUUUCGGGGCGGGUCCCCGUCAGUGUAUCGGCAUGCGACUGGCGCUGUACGAGGCCAAGAUGGCGGCUGUAACGAUCAUACGACGGUUCAAGUUCAUUAAAGUUCCGGAAACAAUAGAAACCAUCUCUUUCAAGAAGUCGUCGGUGUUGUCCUCGCCUAUCAAGCCUAUCCUAGUGGGAGCGGAACUACGCUAGUAACCAGUGAACCCUUCAUCUCCGGAGACCUGUUGCAACCAGCCAACCUUCUGAGCUGUCUGAGACUUUCAGUAACCGGCAAACACUUAAACUUCUUUUGUAUCUUGUAGAAACCAGUAAUCCUUGCACCACUUUGCAGACAUACGUAGGCCAGGAAGCAUUCUUAGCUUUGGGAAACCUUAAAUAACCAGAAAACUCUUGAGUUCUCUAGAGAUAUACAAUAGAAAAAACAGCAGUCUGGUAUCCAACGGAAUGCACACAGUCGCUUCACACCGCAGUUAAUCAGACGAAAACCACGCAGUUGCUUGUGAUAAGUUGAAGAAGGUAAAUUCAGCACACAGCCGUUAAACACAAGUCAGGUGAAAACCACUCAUUGCUUCCCACAGUAGUUAAGAGCUAGCGAGAAAAGAACCCCGCACAGUCGCCAUAAGUAAUUAUAACAUUCAGUUUCGUAUCAACUGAACAGGAUUGUGUAACUUUACAGCAUAAACUUUUAGUAUUUAAUCAAUGUCAUUUUAUAUCAAGUAUCUGACAUAAUAAACCAUUAAUGAGUGA